ACCCUUGAUGUGACGGGGCUGAAGUCCGGCGCUGAUAGUGCCCCACUGGAUUCUGGGAUAUGAGCUGGCAGUUCUCUUUUGGAGCCAGACACUCGGAUAUUGUUUUAAUGUGAACGAUUCUGAUCCAUCAUGCUGGUGUUGUGGGUUUGUCUGGUUCUGCUGGAACAUGUUCGAACCGAACCAUCUGUGGAAAACAUCCACAUGCUCGCUCCGGAGGAGCACAAAUUCAUAAUGAACCUCGGACAUAACGAGAUUCCCACAGAUUGCUACGAGCUGUGGGAGGCCUCCGGCGGGCACGCGCGGGAUGGUUUGUAUCUGAUCAAACCCGCAGACGCGCCCAUCGCUGUCUACUGCGCCAUGCACGAGGGCGGCUGGACGGUCGUGCAGCACAUCACGAUCAACAGCAGCGUGGACUUCGAUCGCACCUGGGACGAAUACAAGCAUGGAUUUGGAUCCCUCACGGGCAACCACUGGCUGGGCAACGGCUACCUGCACCAGCUCACCCACGGCCCGGCGAGUUACAAACUCGGCAUCAAACUGGUCGACAAGGACGCCGUCACCAAGACGGGCGAGUACGACCCGGUGCUGGUGGAGAACGAAGAUGCCCAGUAUCGUCUGCGUCUGGGUCUCUUUCAAGGCACGGCGGUGGAUGCUCUCACUGUGGAUACGGAGAACUAUCUCCAUGACAACCAGAGGUUCACCACCAAAGACAGAGAUAACGACAACUACUUCCAGAACUGCGCCAAGCUGGAGUUCCAGGGCGUGCCGGGCGGCGGGUGGUGGUACGACGCCUGUGCCGGUGCCAAUCUGAACCGCAGGAAUGUCAUCUACUGGCAGAAGGACUGUAAUAAAGAACAUCUGUGUAAAUACGCCUGGAUGAUGGUGAAACCCUCGGAUCACGUGAAGCUGGUUUACGGCGGAGACUGCAAGAAAGAUGAACUGUGAUCUCAAUAGCUUAAAUG